AUGGCAUCAUACGACAGCGAUUCCGAUUUCGAAGACGAAAACUUUACCGAGACCAAUGUCCUUCUCGGUUAUGCGACAAAGGAUGCAGUAGACGACACAACCAGCCAGUUGGGCGGCCACCCGACAUGGCUGGACGAAAAGACUGCUCCACCAGGCGAUCUUGCUAAAUGCAAAAACUGCAACAAUCUCUUGACCUUGCUACUCCAACUGAACGGCGACCUACCCGACCGCUUUCCCGGCCAUGAACGACGAUUAUACCUCUGGGCAUGUAAGAGGAAGGCAUGCAGAAGGAAGGCUGGUAGCGUGCGAGCUUUCAGAGCAAUCCGCGCCUCUGAAGUUCCCGCCGAGGUUGAGAAACCCAAACAGCCCAAGCAGGAAGAGACACCAAAAGAGACACCAGCUCUCGCCGCGCCAAAGACCAACCUGGGCGAAUCGCUCUUCGGUGUCAAACCUCCCACCUCUGGCUCAGCGCCUAUCAACCCCUUCUCGACUGGUGGCGCAUCAUCACGCCCAGCAAACCCCUUCUCUUCAGCACCUGCUUCUCCGCCCGCAGCUCCCACACCAGCACCCUCACAACCCACCCCAUCUCUCUCCGAGACCUUCGCCUCAAAAGCCCGCAUCUCCACCCCCGAGCCCAGCUCAGAAGCUCCUGCCGCAACACCCACCGGCCCUCGCGAGCCAUGGCCCCAACAAUCCUCCUUCCCUGCACCCUACCCCUCCUACUACCUCGACGCCGACUACGAAACCCUCGACGCCGAAAAGCCAGAAAUCCCCGCACAAGCUCGCGUAGACAUGGACAUUGAUGCCGGCGAAGGAAGCUCUGGCGCAGCAGGCGCGGACAUGGACGUCAAAGAUGCUUUCGAGUCCAGCAUGGAUAAAGCCUUCCAACGCUUUGCAGACCGUCUAUCUCAAAACCCUGAGCAGAUUUUGCGAUACGAGUUUGCAGGCACGCCUUUGCUGUACAGCAAGUCUGACGCAGUGGGAAAACUUCUGGCGCCGCAUCAAGAGUCUGCUGCUGCUGGAAAUGCAAAGGUCAAGACUACUGCACCUGCUAAGUCGGGUAUGCCAAAGUGCAACAAUUGUGGUGCGGAGAGGUUGUUUGAAUUGCAACUUACUCCUUAUGCUAUCGUUGAGCUCGAAGCUGAGGAACUGGGUCUUGAGGGCAUGGAGUGGGGAACCAUCAUUCUUGGUGUGUGUUCCAAGGACUGUGUGCAGCGUGGACAGAAGGAAGGAGAAGUUGGUUACGUUGAAGAAUGGGUCGGAGUCCAAUGGGAGGAGUUGAGCAGUAAGAAAUAA